AUGAAAGAGCAACUGAAAGCAAGCAGGAUUAAGAUCUUGGCUGCCUUGCUGGUCUUCGUCAUGGUUACUCAAGGCUUGGCGAUUCGUGUCAAAGGAACGGUGAGGAAUGACAUCACCGUUGAGGCUGUUAGCGCGAAAACCACCCUCGGUACAGGCAGCAGCACAACCGUGGACAACCACCAUGCAAUCCCACGGGACCAGUAUAGUAGCCAUGGAGGAGAGGAUGGAUCAGGUGGCAGUGGUGGUGAUACUACAAGGAACUAG